UUGUAUUUAUAUUUUUAAACGGAAAUUCAAGAGGUUUUUUUGGUUUACGCGGUGAUGGAAAACCAGAAGCGGCAGCCGCCGCGGGAGACAAUCGCCGAGGAGGAGGAGGAGGAGGUGGAGAUGGAGAAGUUUUAUGCUCUGGUGAGAAAUUUCAAGGAAAUACGUGAUCGGUGGAGGAAGGAGGUGGUGAACGGCGAGGGCGAUGAAACGGCGGCGGAGAAAACGAGGAAGAGAAUGAAGACGACGGAAACGGUGCAGAAUCAGUCGAGUUGGAUUUUGAGGUUCGAGAGAGAGGAUUUCGAUGAGGAUUUACAGGUCGGAGGAGCGGCUGUGGAGCUUCCGAAGCAUUGUUGUCUUGUUAAAGAAGACACUCCGGUGGCGGCGGCGCCGCUGAAGAAGGAAAAGAAAGUGGCGAGUGGAGUUGAUUGUUUGGAUCUUAAUUUAUCACUCUAGAACUUAUUCAAGUUCAAAUAGGUUUAAUUUCGUGUUAUCAUUCA